CGUUUGGUCGGUGACGCAGAGGGUCAUGUGUUGUUUGUGCUCUGGCCCGUAGAGAUGUGUACAGGAGGAGAAGGGAACGGAUUGCUAACCGAGCUAGCCGGAUCCUCCCGAUUAUAGAAGCACGGCGGAACGUGGUCAUGUUGCACACAGUAGGCUUCAUUUCGUGAAAAACGCCCGCGUUGGACUACCUGCCUCGCUGCUUAAAGGGCAAAGGGACUUGUUUUUUGACGGAAUAACAAAGCCGGUCCGCGAGGAUUGUAAAUCUGAGUCGUGCGAGUCAACGUUAGCUGGCCUAGCCGGACUCGGGAGCUCGUCUCCCAAAACAAGAAUGGGGUCUAGGUCCACUCGGAUUAGCUUGCUAACGUUAGUAAAGUGACCUUUGAUUGUUUUCUCUGAUGGCAAAUUUCACGAAUUACCAGGAAGGUAAGGCAGCGAUGUUGAUGGUGGAGACGCAGCAGAGGGACGUUGGGACAAAAUCUGCGACCGCCACCACAAACGGAGACGGCUCGGUAGGGGAACCCCCUUCCCUGUUAAUUAAUAUCGGCGGAGGAGGAGGAGGAGGAGGCGGCGGCGGCGGCGGCGGCGGCUCUCGUUUCCAUCAACAUUUACCGACCUCCAACCACCUCCACCACCAACACCUCAGCCACCCGCCAAAGGAUCAACAGCAGCACCAUAACUACCAGCUGGCUCCGCAACAGCAGCAGCAUCUUUCCGGAGAAAACAUCGCAGAGUCCCCGGGCAGGAAAGCCUCCUCCUCGUCUCUCAGCCAGGUACACGCCGCCGAGGACCCCGCCGCUUCCUCCUCCUCCGCCGCUAGCAGCGGCAGCAGCAGCAGCCAUGUAUACGCGGCUGCGAACGUCGCUAAUACUUCGGACGUUGUGGAUGAUAUUCGAAAAUGUGGCUAUUUAAGAAAGCAAAAACACGGACACAAGAGGUUUUUCGUGCUCCGGGCUGCAAGCCAACUCGGGCCGAGCCGCCUGGAGUACUACGACAGCGAGAAGAAAUUCAGGAACAGCCUGCGCUCUGCUGCCGCGGCCGCCGCCAGCGGUGGAGCGGUCGCCAGUUCGCCCCCGAAAAGGGUUAUUUACCUCUACCAGUGCUUCACGGUAAACAAAAGGGCGGAUUCCAAAAACAAACACCUCAUUGCCCUUUAUACUAAGGACGAGUACUUUGCCAUUGUGGCUGAAAACGAGCAGGAGCAAGAGGACUGGUACGUAGCUGUCAGUGAGUUGAUGAGCGAGGGCAAAAAAGGGCACGUGGAUAGUGAUGAUUUAGAUGAUGGAUAUGGUACAGUCACCCCUGGUACUGUGUUUAAAGAGGUGUGGCAGGUGAAUGUGAAACCUAAAGGACUGGGUCAAACAAAAAACCUCACAGGUGUUUACCGGCUAUGCCUCUCAACUAAAACCAUUCACCUCGUUAAGUUGAACUCUGAAACCCCCUGUGUUAACCUUCAGUUGAUGAAUAUCAGACGUUGUGGACAUUCAGAAAGCUUCUUUUUCAUUGAGGUGGGUCGCUCCUCCUCUAUUGGGCCCGGGGAGAUAUGGAUGCAGGUGGAUGAUUCUGUUGUGGCCCAAAACAUGCACGAGACCAUCUUGGAGACAAUGAAAGCCCUGAAAGCUUUUGCAGAGUUUCGGCCCAGGAGUAAGAGCCAGUCAUCGGGCUCCAACCCCAUGCCAUUUAUCACAACACGGCGCCACCUGGGCAACCUGCCACCGAGCCAGACGGGGCUGCAGCGACGGUCGAGGACGGAGUCAGUUGUCGGCACACCGCCUUCAAGUAAGAGCUCCGGGGCUAGUGGUUAUCGCUUCCGAACAUCCAGCGAGGGUGAGGGGACAAUGAACCGGCCGUUCCGCUCUGCCACAGGAAGUCUGGUUUACCUUAACUCAGCACGUGCCCAUCAUGGUCGUCAGGAAGGGGGUGGCAGCGGCAGCGGAAGUGGUGCCACAGGAAAUGCUGGCACGAGCACCGGCAGCGGACGCUAUGUCAGAGCCAUCCCAGGGUCGUCAUCCACCUACCACGCCCGCUCCGCCUCGUUGCCAGUGUCCCACUUCCCCUCCACCACCAGUCCAGUGAGUGUCUCCUCCAGCAGCGGCCAUGGCUCCGUCUCCGACACGCUCACCCGCCCAUCAAGCGCCUCAAUAUGUGGCUCCCCAUCUGAUGGUGGAUUCAACUCUUCAGAUGAGUAUGGCUCCAGUCCUGGUGACUUCCGGUACUUCCGGGUGCGGAGUAACACACCAGACUCCCUGGGCAACACUCCACCAAUCAGGGAAGAGAACUGUCUAAAUGAUUACAUGGCCAUGGGCUGGAACCGGGAGGUCUUCGGCACCAGUGGGGGCUCUGGAAACAACAGCGGAGGUGACACGCCACGGGACGAGAGCACGUCAACAACAGAGGAUGAACGCUUGUCUUCAUCAUCCCUGAGGAGGAGGACUCACUCUUUCUCCAGACCAGCUGGUGGUGCAACUGGCGGUUCUGGCGUGGCAGUUUACCAGAAAAUGACCCAGACUAACUUCUCAUUGGACGAGGGGUCAGAUGUUGUGUUGCCAUUUGGCAGUGGGCUGCUCCGUGGCGGGCCGUCCUCCUCUUCUUCCUCGCUCCGCUCUGACUACAGCUCCUGCUCCGAGCACAGCCAGCAGAGCCGUCCCUCCACGCUCUCCCGGACGGAGGCCGGUGGUGAGCGCCCGCCCCUUUCCUCCUCCUCCUCUGCCAAGGAAGACAGCGGCUACAUGCCCAUGAUGUGUGGCGUGGCUGCGUCGCCGCGGGACACUCCUCCCGACUACAUGCCUAUGCAACCCAGCUCUUACUCCCAUCCCAUCUCCAAUUCCCCUCAGUUUCACAGUCCAGCUUUAGGUCCCCGUUCAGCCCACCAUCACCCCCCGCUCCAGUCGCAAUCCUCCACCGACUCCCACGGCUACAUGAUGAUGCUCCCAGGGGCCAGCGGCAGCUCUCCUUCUCCUGGGCAGGCCUCCCCCAGCCCUCACAGUAGCUCCAGCAUGGCAGGUACCAGUGGGAGUGACAGCAUAGCUGAGAGACCUGAGAAUGGGGAAUAUAUGGACAUGUCGUACAGCAGCAGUGGGGGGCACAAGCUCUCAAAUGAAGGGAGCAGUGGGUAUUACACACCUGGCACACCUGAGGGCACCCCCAAGUCUUACAGCCCUUAUUUCUCCCUCCCUCGCUCCUACAAGGCCCCCACCAGAGAAAGGGAUGAGAAAGAAUAUGGGGAGUAUGUUCCUAUGAGUUCUCCUGCCAAGCCAGUUUAUUCAUCAGUUGCCACAGCUUCCAUGUCAACACCAGAGAAGAGGGGCGGGGCCGGUAGUAGCACCUCCACUCCCUCUCACCCACCCCCACCUUAUGGAGCUCACCAUACGACCGCAGCAGUUUCCGACCGACGUGUUGUGAGGCCCAACCGCCUCCCUUUAGGCAGAAGAAGUUUCCAUGGUCCGCUUCGGGUUAGUGAGCCCUCCACAGCGUCCGCAGGCACCUCCACCUCAGUCCCUGCCACUGUCAGCUCAUCUGAAGGGCCUUCCAGCCCCGGAGAGUAUAUUAACAUUGAGUUUGGGGAUCACUACCCCCACCAACAACAGCCCCCCGCCUAUCCUCUCUCUGCCCAAGACGAAGCGCCUUCCCUGGGAUCCAGUGACCACUGUCACUCCCCUCCCCAGCCCCAAACUCACCAGGACUAUAUGAGUGUGGAGGUAGGGCCUGACCAGCAGGACAGUGCUGGAUGUCUAGGUAAAAACCAAUCUCCCAGACCCAGCCUUGUGGCCCCCUGGAACCCACCCAGCUAUAUCCGACCCCUGGCUAGCAAUCCUGGAGCACUGGCCUCCCCUGGAGUCCCUGCCGGAGGUCACUGGAGGUCGAUAGGGGAAGACUACACGGACAUGACAUUUAACCUCAGCAGAGGUGAGAGGACGCAAACAAGCCCCACAGCCAUGCUGCAACAUCUCUGUGUGAUAGAGGGACGUUACGGCCACGCUCCCUCCAACUCCUCCUCAUCCAUUUCUCCUCCUCUCCCUCCGUCAAGUCCAGGCAGGGGGCCGACACACCAGCUGGAACCCAAGGUGGUUCGGGCUGACCCCCAAGGCAGGAGGAGACACAGCUCUGAGACAUUCUCCUCUACUUCCUCCUCUAAUUCAACUCCCUCUGGAGGAGGACUUGGCCCCUCAUCCUCAGGCACCCACCCCACACUGGUUAACCCCACGGCCCCCAACGGAUCUUACCUAACGGAGGGUCAGGCUUCCAGAUGGGCCAGCUCGGCAUCUUUUGACAGUGUGUGGGUGUCCAUGGAUGGUCUAGGGGACUCACCGGCUCACCAUGCUCCAACAAGAGCCACGGAUAUGGGCACGGCCUCCGGGACCUCAGCAUCCUCCUCCUCCUCGGGGGCUGUAGCCGGAAGAAUGUGCAGGAACAUGUCUGUCGGCUACCAGAACGGCCUGAACUACAUUGCCUUGGAGCUGAGGGAUGAUGGGAGUAAUACGGGAGCCAUGACGGCGGGAGCUGGUAGCAGCAAUGGGAGCUCGACGACGGCGGCGAUGGGGACGGUGCCUCUGCCGGAGAACGGAGCCUAUGCCAGUAUAGACUUCACCAAAUCUGAUGGAGUCACCACGACAACCAAGGACUGAGCUACGGGACAGUAGAGGUUCCCCACCCUCCUCCUCCUCCUCCUCCUCAUCUCUCUGCUCGGAGCACUUGACUCUGCCUGUGACCUUUGGCCUCACCCUCCAGUGACCUCUGACCUCUUUACCCAGACCGAGAGGCCGCUCCCUUCUGGAUGCAGAAAACAACAACAACAUCACAACAGAUGACAAAAAUGCUUGCAGUUUUUUUUAUUUUUAAGUGUAUUUCAUCUUUUAUUUUAUUUUUUUGUGUUUUAUAUGCAUAUCUUUUGUGUUUUAAAAAAAAAAAAAAGCAUUUCCCCCUCUCACAAUCGAUGCUGCCAGGUGUGCUGCGCGCCCCCCCCCCCCGUUCAACAGACUUAUUCAACAGACAGCGGUCAGUGAAUUUUGAGGGGGGGCGUCAACAGAACCUUAGAUAGUCUUAUUAUCAGAUGGUUCUGCUUCUCCAUAUGGUAUUAAAAAAGGGAGGCUGGAAUACUAAGCAAAGGCAUUAUGGUACAGACUUGGAAACUUUUAUGUUGCAUUGAACUUAAAAUAUUAAUUUUAAUUAUAUUUUUGUUACCCCAUGCAUAAUCCAUCCUCAAUACGGUACCGUACAGUUAUUACAUUGUGGACAAAGUUGUAGUAGAAAAUGUAUAUUUUUUUGAACGGAUUACCCCUUAAUGGUACGAGCUUGUGGCUGGAUCCAUUUUAGCCUCAGAGUCGACAAGUGGCAUUUCACAAGUACCGUGCUUGUUCCCAUACUUUUGUGUGAGGUACGGCACAGUACCAGCACCCUUUGGAUUACCAUUUUGCGUGGCGUUCGCACCUCAGUAACACAAUAGCACCCAUUGCCUCAGUGGGCCAGUUCCUAAUACAACUGGGAACCAGAGCUACAGUACUGCGCCAGUACGGGUUUAUCACAGUGUACUAACCUUAAUUAAAGCAUUACUCUCCUCUUAUUCUGUAGCACAUAUUAUUUAUUUGUUAUGAUAGGUACAAAUAUUCCAUUUCUUUGUUUGCUUUUAUGACAGUGAUGGUACUCAGCAGGGCGGGGAAAGAACGCCGGUCACCAAUCGAAUGCUGGAAAGUUUUAUUUGUCUUAAAACUGUCUCCUCUCCGAGCCACUUUGCAGAUACCUGAAACCAACUGAGGUGUUUAAAGGAAUAGUUCAACAUUUUGGGAAAUACGCUAUUUCGCUUUCUUGCAGAGUUAGAUGAGAAGAUUGAUACUACUCUCAUGUCUGUGUUAAAUAAGCAUAAAGACUGGAAGCAGGGGGAAACAGCUAGCUUGGCUCUGUCCAAAGUUCAAAAUUACACCCACCAUCGCCUCUAAAGCUAAUUAACAUGUUAUGUCUUGCCUCUGUAAAAUGGAGAAUUGUCACUUUUACACUUGGGUUUUGGAACAGGUUUAACAAACGAGACAUAACAAAUUAAUUAGUGAGCUUCAGAGUUGAGUCAGAGACAGGGCUAGGCUAGCUGUUCGCCCCUGUUUCAAGUCUUUAUGCUAAGCUAAGAUAACACAGCUGCUGGCUCUAGCUACUUAUUGAACGGAAAAUGUCAAACUAUUCUUUAAAAAUAAAAGACACAAGGAAUAAAUGAGAGUUGCCUGUAGAGGUUUUGAAAACUCAGCUGCUAUGGCCGGUGGAUGGAAAAAGGUUUUUUUACCGCUCUGCUGCUCGGUUAUGUUAUCCAGUUUUCUGCGUGAGGAACUGUUUGGUAAACCGAAGCAGGUGUUUUAGUUGUUCUUAGUAUUAUUAUUAUUAUUAUUUUUAUUAUUGCAUUUUCAGUUUUACCUCAUACGGUCCACAGCACAGUUCAGGUUAAUGAGGGUGAUUGGCGCCAACACAAACACACACAUAUGUAUACACACACACACACACACAAACACACACACACACACACAACGCUGUGAAAGGUAAAAGCACAAAGUACAGACGUUGACACUGGGAUGCAAACACAAGACUAAUGCACACUCAUGAAAUCUCUGCAAGUGAACCAUAUACUGUACUUUGUAGGCUGUGGCAUGUAUGCAGACACACACACACACACACACACACACACACACACACGUAUGUCAUGAAAACACGGUCAUGUGGUGUCUCCCAUACUUGCUCUCAUAACGCAUACACGCACACACACAGUAGUCAUGCAGCCCUAUUUGGGCAAGGGUAACUCCUGUGUGCCCGUUUCGGCGCUUUGUCAGCAGCUUUUGAUGACGUCCAGGAUAUUUCACACACACACACACACACACACACACACACACACACAUAUGCAUGCUGUGUUGCUGUGGGUGUUCGUCAUUGGGUGACAUAAAGAGGUUUCCAGUAACCUGAGCUCCAGUCCCAGAUGCAGCGCACUGGUCAUACUUGCCCUGUUACAACCUCUCACACACACACACUCACUCAGACACAUAUAUGCACACACACGUUUGGGUGGGCAGUGAACACCAACAUCAAUCACAGUCUUAGCCGGAGCUUGCUGCCCCUUCUCUCUCACACUUUAACAGACUGAUACGCCCAUAUUUAGCAUUUCUACUUGCGCUGCUCUCCCAUGACUAUUCCCCACACGACUGUUUUCAUAGAAAGAAUUGUGCUUAAACACAAAGACUGACAGCUAACGUAGCCCACAGAAUUGCAUUCUUUUUGUUAAGUAUUCACUCAUCUAAUGCUAUCUUUGCCCUGUUUCUGAUUUUCCCUUUCGCUUUUUUUUUAUAUCAGCCCACUCUUUCUUUGUUGUUUUUAAUUUGUUUGGACGGAUGAAGGCCUGUCACUCUCACAGCGCUUUUGUGUGGGACGCAUCAUUGUCGUCCUUUUAGGGCCCCCGCACAGCAGGAAUGCUACACUGGGAGGGAGGGACUGAGCUGAGGUAUCUUUAAAUAAUUGUUAAUGUCAGGUUUAGAGAGCAGCAAUGGCGGGUUUUUGAGUGACUGCAGGGAAUGAUCUCAAAGUGAAGGUCAGUUGGCUGUGAUUGACAGCUUACGUGAUGCUCUCUGAACUGCACAGAUGCAGUGCACUCUGCACAUCUGGUACUCCGUGUUCAAUGAAACAAAUUUCAUCUACUGUUUCCGACCGUGUAAACUUUUUUGGAAGUUUGACUUAUUUGAAAAAAUAGUCAUAGAUGUCUCAACUAAAUAAGCGCGUGGUGCACAUGCUAGGGUCACACACGAAAAACUCGAAAGGUCCUCUCUAGAGCCAGUGUUUGGUUUGUCUGUUCUGGGCUACUGUAGGAACAUGGCGGUGGAACAUGGGGGACUCCGUAGAGGGGGACCCUCUCCUUCUGUAGAUAAAAACGACUUAUUCUGAGGUACGAAAAAACAACAAUUCUUAUUUUCAGGUGAUUAUACACUAAUGAAAACAUACUUAUGAAUAUUAUAUUCCAUUUCAGCCAAUAGAUCCCCCUAAAUCUUACACACUGGACCUUUUUAAAUGAUUAAUCGAUGUUUGCUUGAAUUACCAGAUAUGUGGAGUUUACCGCAUCAAGGCAAUUCAGAGAGUGUCAGGUACUUCAUCAGUAUCGAGACUCACUUAUUAACCAACGUUAUAACACUUUCUUGUAAUCACCAAAACUUUCCAUAUCCUAGUCCAAGACAAAAUCGCACCCAUUAGGUGCUCCGCAUAAAGCAAAUUUCCUCACUCCUUCCCUCCAUCUCAUCACCCUUUUUUCAAAUACCAGUGAUGACAAAGCCAAAAAGGAAGAAAGACAAAGAGCUAUUUGUUCCUGUCUGUGUGGCACAAAACUUGGAGGUUAAUGCUAACAGCGUCAGUACAGAAACAGAAGAGCUUUUGAACAGGAGAAACCCCCCUUUUGCCCCCUUAUCGCCCUCAGGAGGGUCGGGAUAAUUAAGCUAACCUUCCCCCUCAGCAGAUCCAUGUUUUAAAUGGUCUGAUUUAAAAGUGAAAAUCCACAAAAUGCUGUUAAGAUUUUAAGCCUGUGUGUCUUUAUAUACUGUAUACAUUAUGAACAAUUUGAGAUAUUUUCAUUUGCCCCCUCGUCCCCUUCGAACGAACAAAGAAUUGAAUAUAAGAAUAUUUAAUAGGCUGCAGGAGUCAAACAAGAACAUUUUUGUUUCUUAUGUUUGGAAAAUGUUUUGUGUAUUUACUAUGCUACAGUGACGUGUUGCUUUUGAGUUUUUAACGCUAUGGCAAAAAUGGUAGAGCUAGAUUUUGGAAGAAUUCCGCUUAAUUUAUUUGAAGCAUUAUUCAAAAAUGGAUAUGUGUCGUUUAUGUCUGAUUGCCUUCAUGUUGAAUUUUACCCCGUUUAAUUCUUUGUCAUGACUGAAUUCAUUUACACAGAAUCUGUGUUUUAUUUUGGCAACAAUUCAACCUCAAAACUGUCCUUAAUGUUACCAAUUCUGUUGUUGAAAAUCAGCUGUUUUUUUCUUGUUAGGGGUGGAGAAAUGAGAAAGAAAUGAGACCUACGUAAUAUAUAUAUAUAUAUAUAUAUAUAUAUAUAUAUAUAUAUAUAUAUAUAUAUAUACACCUAAAUAUAUAUAUAUACCCUAAAUAUAUAUAAUCCUCGCAGAGAAGACUUUGGGUACUGCAUUAUUAUGCAAACUUUUAUUUCCUUUUUCCUCUUCCAUCUUUUGGUUUAUAUUGUAUUCUAGUUUACAGAGGGAAAAUAAUCAUCUUAUUUUUGGUUGUUUUUUUUUGUAUCGGGGCAACCUUGUUUCUCUGAAAACAAAGCGAUACAAGGGUAGUAUAUUUUUUUUUUUAAGAGGACAUAGGCAUUUUGCAGUUAUUUGUAUAAAGAAAUGGGUUACAACCUCUGCUUAAUGUUUAUUUUUUGUAACUAUAUUACAGUUUAUUUGCUGCUGUGUAGUAGCCUACAGUUAACAGUUGGAAAUGCUGUCGAUGGCAACCAUAACGAUGAAGAUGAUGUUCAUUGCCCUGCUAUCAGGCGCAGGUCCGUUUUUUCCCCCUGAAUCUUUCCGAAACUUAGGAGGAUUUCGGCGGUGGGGAGAAAAAGCAAAUCCCACUCUACCCUGCUACCUGUGUUCUUAGUUUCCGAGUUGAAUGCUGUUGUUUAUUAGCUUUACAGGAAAGAGAGAGUUAAAAAAAAUACUGUGGAGGUGUGUAUCCUUCGUAUGUGCAUUAUUUUUCAGCGACGUACGUCCUAUAUACGAAAAAGAAGAAAAAAAGAGAAAACUGGUGCAAACGGAAAUCCUCCUUCUGUAAAUAAGGAAAACUCAAGUUGUCGCUUUUUUCAUGUUAUGAUCGGCGCCUCAGCAGGUGCCCCCCCCUUUUUUGUUUUUAUUUUAUUUCCUUCUCUCUUUCUUUCUCUCUUUUUUCCCUCGUGGAGGGAAAGGGGGGUAGGAGGGGUACUCAGAGGCGAUUUGAGCAUCGGCAUAGUGUUUAUAUUUAUCAAAACUUUUUUGCUUUCGAUAGAGCUAUUGCAAUAAAAAUGUGUUCAUGUAA